AUGAACGGCGAGGAGCAGUACUAUGCAGCUACGCAGCUCUACAAGGACCCAUGCGCCUACCAGCGGGGCCCCGCGCCGGAGUUCAGCGCCAGUCCCCCCGCGUGUCUGUACAUGGGCCGCCAGCCCCCGCCGCCGCCGCCGCCCCCGUUCCCGGCGACCCUGGGCGCGCUGGAGCAGGGCAGCCCCCCGGACAUCUCCCCGUACGAGGUGCCCCCCCUCGCCGACGACACCGCAGUGGCGCACGUCCACCACCACCACCACCUCCCAGCUCAGCUCGCGCUCCCCCACCCUCCGGCCGGGCCCUUCCCGGAUGGAGCCGAGCCAGGCGCCCUGGAGGAGCCCGGCCGCGUCCAGCUGCCUUUCCCGUGGAUGAAGUCUACCAAGGCUCACGCGUGGAAAGGCCACUGGGCAGGCGGCGCCUAUGUUGCAGAGCCAGAGGAAAACAAACGGACACGCACUGCCUACACUCGCGCGCAGCUGCUGGAGCUGGAGAAGGAGUUCCUGUUCAACAAAUACAUCUCGAGGCCGCGCAGGGUGGAGCUGGCCGUCAUGCUGAACUUGACCGAGAGACACAUCAAGAUCUGGUUCCAAAACCGCCGCAUGAAAUGGAAAAAGGAGGAGGACAAGAAGCGCAGCUGCGGGACAGCGGCCGGGGGUGGCGCGGAUGCGGAACCCGAGCAAGACUGCGCAGUGACCUCGGGCGAAGAGCUGCUGGCGCUGCCGCCACCGCUGCCCCCCGGUGGUGCUGUGCCGCCGGCCGUCCCCGCCGCCGCCCGAGAAGGCCGCCUGCCACCUGGCCUUAGCGCGUCGCCGCAGCCCUCCAGUGUCGCGCCCCUGCGGCCACAGGAACCCCGGUGA